GUGGCAAACUCUGGUGGGCAGAUGAGGAAUCAGCACAACUGGGAACAGUAACCAAGAGAGACGGACGAAACCUUGUGAUCCUGAGAAACAAAACGAGUGGGGUGGUUCAUAUGAAGGUGUACGACAGGGAGGGUCAGAAAGGAAGAAACCAGUGCCAGAUAAACAACGGAGGAUGCUCACAGCUCUGCUUCCCCACUUCGGAGAACACCCGUAGCUGCUCCUGCACCGUUGGCUACAACUUGCGUAGCGACCGCAUGUCUUGCGAGGGUGUUGACUCCUUUCUGAUGUAUUCCAUCCACGAGGGAAUCCGGGGAAUUGCUCUUGACCCAAAUGACAACAGCGAAGCCCUCAUGCCCAUUACAGGAACACUGUUUGCUGUGGGAGUUGACUUUCAUGCAG